CAGGGACUCUCCCUAGCAACGCGCGCCUCGUUGCUAGGGGCGGAGGCGCAGAAGGCUGCGGAGCGCCAGGACUUCGGACGCCCUCUGGCCUCGCGUCCUGGCUGGCCCUAGGUACAGCUCGGCCAGCCCACGAGAUUAGAAGUGGCUGCUGAACUGUUUUCCAAAGGAUAAACAUUACAAAUCAUUGACUAUGGCAGCUCACUAAGAAGACCCUAUUGCUUUGCGGGGACCACAGCUUUCAGAAGCAGCCGCAAGGGAUGCUGUUACGCAGGUGCCAACCAAAACAAAGCCCACCUCGGGAGGUUUUCUGUAGGCUCUGCACCAGGAUGGGGAAACUGCAAAGCAAACUCAGACACAGUACCUGUAACAAAUACAGCAGGCCCGAUGGAAUUACGGAAGAGAGAGUCCAGACGAAAGCAUGUCCAGAGUACAGCCCUGCUCACACAGACGCCGUCUCUGCCGUCGCUGCUCUGAGCUCAGACGUUUGUGUCUCCGGAGGAAAAGAUAAGACAGUGGUGGCCUAUAAUUGGAAAACUGGAAAUGUGGUGAAAAGGUUCAAAGGACAUGAACGUGAAAUCACCAAGGUAGCCUGCAUUCCCAAAUCAAACCAGUUCUUCAGUGCCUCUCGAGACAAGAUGGUCAUGAUGUGGGACCUGCAUGGCUCCGUGGAACCCAAGCAGCAGCUGUCUGGCCAUGCCAUGGUGGUCACCGGCUUGGCUGUGAGUCCAGACUCGUCACAGCUGUGCACUGGCUCUCGGGACAACUCCCUGCUUCUGUGGGACGUGAGGACUGGACGGUGUGUGGAGAGAGCAUCUGUCUCCAGGAACCUGGUCACACACCUGUGCUGGGUCCCCCGGGAGCCGUGUAUCCUGCAGACCUCUGAGGAUAAAGCCAUCAGGUUAUGGGACAGUCGAGGGCUGCAGGUGGCUCACGUGUUUCCAGCCAAGCAGCACAUUCAGACGCACUGCGCAGUCAGUGGGGACGGACACACGUGCAUCUCCUGCAGCAGCGGCUUCGGCGGGGAAGGCUGCGAAGCCACGUUGUGGGACCUAAGGCAGACACGGAACAAAAUAUGUGAGUAUAAGGGACAUUUCCAGACUGUUGCUUCCUGUGUCUUUCUACCAAGAGCACUGGCCCUGAUGCCUGCAAUUGCUACCUCAUCCCAUGACUGCAAGGUGAAGAUUUGGAACCAAGAUACUGGAGCCUGCCUGUCCACCUUGCCUCUGGAUGGAUCGGGGCCUUUGACUUCCCUGGCCGUUGGUGACACCGUCUCCUUACUGUGUACAAGUUUCAACAGAGGAAUUCACUUACUCAGAGUGGACCGCAGCCGAGGACUCGAACUGCGGGAAGUGGCAGCGUUCUGAGACCGAGAGACUCCCUGGACAACAGCGGACCACGGCCCGCCUUCCCCAGUGUGGCGUUGUCUUUUCCCAGUGGGCUGGGGGGAGCAGGUGUAGGGCUGCAGGUCUUUGCUGGUGUUCAGUUGGGCGUUAGAUCAGUGGUAGGAGUCGUCUGAGGUCCUGUGGUUCACAAUCAGGUAUCGAGGUACGAAGCCUGGACCUAAUUUUGGGAUUACUCUUCAAAACGCUGACCUGUGGGUGUUAAGAGUGGUCGGCCUCUGUCUGAGUCAGCGUGUACGGCCUGAGUCUGUUACUCUGUAAGAUGAAAAAAGGUGAAAGCUAAUCGGGAUGGGGCCUCCAUGGAGGAAAUGGGUUGUAAACAAGGAGUUUAAGCGAUAGUCGCUGCCUGCCAGCAAUGGGGAGAAUCAGAGUUAGGGCAAGAAAGCGACAGCCUUGGCUCCACUCCAAGUCUUAUAGUGGUAUACUGCUCCUGGUAUGUUCCUAGACCGUGCUGGUGAGCUUGCAGGAAAGGACGCCCUCAGAUGGCUUGAAGGGGCCGACAAGUUCAAGGGCAUUGCUGAGAAUUAUAGGAGUUACCAAACCUGUUCCAUGGAGAAGAAAAUGCAGAAGCUCAGGGAUUACGGCUAAAAAAAGAGUUCAUUUGCAAUGUUAAUACUUUUUUCUCUAGUGAAAUAUUAAUUCCCGGGCACGGCCAGAGUGAGACAAAGGAAUCUCUGAAAUGCCGUAGAGACAUAAAGAAAGGGGUGAAGUCAACUAACUGUGCCAGCACUGAGCCCCUUCCGAGAAGGAGGGCCAGGGUGCUCAGGGCUGCCCGCGUGCCCCUGCAGGCAGCCCCCAGCCUGGUGCUCAGCAGCUCCCCCCGCCACCUUCAGACAAACCCCGACACGAGGCAGCCGAGGCCAGGAGAGUCCCAGCCAGGGGCGGCUUGGGUUUGUCUUCCCUGGUCCCAGCAGCCACAGCCACCCGCCUUGUCCCCCUCCUGCUCCUCCUUGAGCCCCAGGGAUGGGCAGUCACCCCUGAGCGUGAAUCUCCACACCUCCAUGUAGCUGGCUGAUCUGGGACAGGCUGUGGGGUCGCAGUUCUCUCACUGGAAGCCCUCGGGGGACUGGGCAGAGCUGUAGUAGAUGCCAGGCAGGGCAGUGGCUGCUGACUGGCAGCCCGAGCUAAUUAUUCUCCUCUCUGUCCAAGCCACGGUGUCUUGUCCACACUGCCAUCUGCCGGCCCUUCACCCAUCCUUCCUGCAUUGCAUUCUCCGUCCUGUCUGUCAUUGUUCAUCCUGCCUUUGAACUCUUCAGCUGUGGCUCUUUGAGCUCUGGAAGGGGGGAGAACUAACAGGAGAGGAAGUGACGUCAUCGAGCACCAGCGAGGGCUAGUACCUGUAUUCUCUCUGCAGUUCUUGGUAUUUCCGCUUCACAGGUGAGGAGACCGAGACCCAGAGGCACGCUCUGAGUCAUGCACAUGGAAGGGGAGAGCUGAGAUUUGCUUCUGGUUCUGCCCGACUCAAAGCCACACCUUUCCCUUUCUGCCUUUGCAUUGUGUCACAGACCUUCUCUGUGCAUUUUAAAAAUGCAUAGAUGAUGGGAGCAGUGCUGUGGCGAAGCAGGUAAAGCCACCGCCUGCAGUGCCGGCAUACCAUAUGGGCACCGGUUCCAGUCCCGGCUGCUCCACUUCCACUAAGGCCUGGGAUAGCAGUAGAAGAUGGCUCAAAUCCUUAGGCCCCUGCACCCACAUGGGAGACCCGGAAGUAGCUCCUGGCUCCUGGCUUCGGAUCGGUGCAGCUCCGGCAGUUGUGGCCAAUUGGGGAGCGAACCAGCGGGUGGAGGACCUCUCUCUCUCUCUCUCUCUCUGCCUCUUCUCUCUGUGUAACUCUGGCUUUCAAGUAAAUAAAUCUUUUUUUAAA